AUGGCUAACACCAUCAGACCCGAUCCUGAGUUAGAGAGAUUCAACUUCUACAAGCAAAAGCUGGGUGACUUCUUCCGUUUCCGCCCCAAGUCCGCCUGGUUCAAUGUCGUCUUCUGGGGCGUCGUCCCCGUCGGUCUCGCCCUCUACGCCUACGACAAGGAAGGCUUGUUCAGCUGGGCCGGCCACAAGAGACAAGCUAAGGUGUUGCCCAACGUUGACUACACCCCCAGAGAAAAGGACUUGUAA